GUUAAUUAAUGGAUUAAGCGUGAUGAGAAUAGAAGACAAGACAUUGUAAUGUGUUAUAACAAAAAUUAAAUUUAUGUAAUAUGUACAAAUAGAAAAAAGAAUUGUCAUACAUUGAAACAUUUGUUAUAUUGAUUAUAACUGAGAUUAACUAAGAUUCAUGAAUGCAAGGUAGAAUUUUCGAAAGAAAUCAAGAUCGUAAACAAUAGGAAAAUGAGUUCUGGCGACUAUAAAGGUAGUGAAAAUGAGGAUAUCGAAAACUCGGAUGAAAGUGAUAGACCAUCAGGCGAGAGAUGGGCACCCGUUGGUGCAAAUGAUGGUGAUAAUGAUUUUGCCGAUGAAUAUAAAUAUGUCGAUAAUAUGGAAAAUUUACCAUAUGAUAUGGAAAGGCUAAAAGUGCUUGAGGAAGAACAAGAAAUGCUUAAUUCAUCUCUUAUAGCACUGACUACUCAUUUUGCCCAGGUUCAAUUUCGUUUAAGACAAAUUGUAGAUGCACCAGCAAAUGAAAAAGAAACAUUGCUCAAAGAAUUAGAAGAAUUUGCUUUUAGGGGAAUACCAGAUGUUCCAAAUAAUUUAUCACUUGAUAGUAGAUCAAUUACCCCAACUUCUCCAAUGUCUUGCAAACAAAGUAUAUCUGGAGUAAUAAAUGAUAUUGAUAUUGAAUCUAAAAUGGCAUUACAAAGAACAAAACAAAAAGAAUUAAUAUGUCAAUUAAAAUCUCAAUUAGAAGAUCUAGAAAAAUAUGCCUAUGAAACUGGUGAUGCAGAUUUACCACAAAGCAUGAUAUUAGAGAGACAGAAUAUCAUAAUAAAUCAUUUAAAAGAAAAAUUAAAUUUCAAUGUUGAUGAUCUUUGUAAAUUACCAGUUGAUGAUUUAAGAUGGCAAGUAGAUUAUGCUAUAAGCCAGAUUGUUAGUCCUUUGAAAAUGAAAGAACAGUUAGUAUCACAAUUAAAAACACAAAUUGCAGAUUUAGAACGUUUUAUAAAUUAUCUUCAAGGAGAAGUUAGUACAGAAACUUUAGCAUGUACCUGUGCAUGCCCAGUACAUACAAAUCCUGCUGGUUCUACUUCUUAUGCUAAAAAAUCAUUUAACAGAAAAACAGAUGAAGAAAAUAGAACAAAAACUCUGAACACUGUUAAGAAAGUUGUAGCUCUGUUACAUAUGUUCCUAGUAUCUCAAUUAGGUUGUGGUAGUGAACGAGUUCGAAGAAACUUUAAGAAAAAUUCUAUACAUAAUUGGCGUGAUUUAAGAACAAGAUUAGAUAUCGCAGUUGAACAUGUUAUAGAGACUAUUGCCGAAGUUGAGCGUCAUCCAGAAGAUGACGAUAUUGCUAAUGAAGACGAUUACGCUUCGGAUUCAGAUUCUAUGUCUCAUUGCAAUGCCCGAGUAACAUCUGCUGUAAGGAAGCAUUUAGCAACUUCCAUACGUGAUUUAAUACAACACGGUUUAAUGUCUGAUGCGCGUUCUAAUAGUGUAGUACCAUUUGUUGGAUGUUUUCCUCAAAGAAAUUCUUCUACUUCUAAUUUAAUGCAUGCAUGGGAACUAAUAUUGAAGUAUUAUGAAAUUAAAAAUGGCCAUCAUUACAAUUCUAGUCCAGCACAAAAAUUAUCUCAAAGUUUUAAUCUCGAUCUAGCAGGUGGAAGAGUUGUUUCUUCUAAACAGAGUUUAUUAACAACAAUUGGAAACAUUAUUGCAUCACACAGUCCAUACAAAAGGAGUUAUGAUUCUCAUUUUAAAGCAUUUAUAUGUGCAUCUCUUAAUACUAACAAACUUGUUAUUUGGUUAAAACUUAUCUUGCAAUGUCAAUAUCUUCUUGAAAAUCAUUAUACAUCAUGGAGUUAUGUUAUAAAAACAGGUUUCCAAGAUGCGUUUCAUACUCUCGAUCGCCUUACUAGCUACAAAUUUGAUCUACCAGUUGAUUUGGCGGUAAGACAGUUUCAAAAUAUAAAAGACGCAUUUUGAUUGCAAAAAAUAUUAAAUAUUAUAUUUAGGAGAAAAUAUAGGUACUUAUUUUUAGCAAGUUAAAGAUGAAAUAUCAGAUUUUUCAAUUAAGUAAAUAACAAACAGUAUAUUUUAACUUUAUAUUAA